ACGCUACGUUUGACCUGAACAGCGGGCGUUCCUGUGCUCCCUUCUCCCUCGACUGAGCACACCUUCGUCUCCCCCAACAAGACAGCUCAGCCAUUGCGUGACGGUGGACCUUGUCCUGUCCUGUCCUGCGUUGCUGCCGCUGGGAUAGACCAAGUGUCGCCUUCCCUGAGAGAGGUGAUCAUAUGGCCGAUAGCAAACGCCACAGUGUCGGAGUGAGAGCACCUGCGCAAGGGCCUUCUGGAGCAAGUGCGGGCCAGGGAAUCACGGGUGCCAUGGUGCCUCUGGAAGUGGCAUUGAGCAGUGCAAUUGGUGCACGUGUUCGCAUCAGCACGUCUCCGGUCGCCUCCACGAUUGAGGGCACUCUUUUCACAGCCUGUCCCAUCACGAAUCUCGUUGCCAUUAACACUGCCGACGGACCUCAGACGCAGGCGGGUGACUACCGUAUCAUUCCGGUGUCGCGUAUACAAUCCUUCCAACUCCUCUCCCUUCCCACGUCCUCGAACCCCGAUGGAUCCUCGUUCUCGGAUGCCGUCCCGCCGUUGCAAGCCCUCGACAUCCGGUCCUUGAAGACUCGGGAGGCCACGGCUGUCGGCAAAUUACAAGAGAGUGAGGCACGACGCGGCAAGGGAGUUACGCGGGAAGCACAGGACCUCUUUGACGCUUUCAGUCGCACAAUGCCAGCACGGUGGGAUGGAAACAAGAUCAUUGUGGCUGAUGCAGUCGCCAUUGCGGCUCCUUACCGGCCAGACGACUGCCAGCCCUUGGUAGCGGGUGACACGGCUGCUCUUGCCCGAGUGCGCAUGGUGCUCGAAAUGGAACGCAAGAAGAUCGAACUCCGCAACGCAAGUGCAACCAUCGGGACCGCCGCUGCCGGACAACGGAAAGGAGGCUGAAACGUCUCCCUCUACCUCUCCAUUACCUGAAAGGCUCCUCCCGGCCUCUUAGGUACAUGUCACCGGGGACGAACGCUAACGUGGGAUGGACGGAACCCACC